AAACUCCAACGACUUGUUUCUUGUACAGAAAAGUGAAAGUUUGUGAGAAUUUAUAUCUAUAUUACCGCAUAUCGAAAUUGUUUAGCUCCAUGGCUUGUUGGUUUUUGAUGAAACUUUAUCCAAGUAGUGUAUUUUGCAUCAUAUAAAUAUGGACUUCCAACAACAAAAUGGACAAAUUCGGAAAAGAGUCAGCAAAGCAGUGGAUAAAGUUGCCAAUAAUGAUGACAGCAGUAUUAUCGAGGGUAAAAAUACGAAAAGAAACACAAAAACAAUUGGGUUGAUUUUUAUAUCGUUACUUUUGGAUCUUCUAGCUUUUACGAUGAUUUUACCUCUUCUGCCAUCACUGCUGGAUUACUAUAAUAGAGAAGAAGGCAAAGGCAACAGCCUCUACGCAUCUCUUUUGAGAGCAGUUCAAAGUUUUCAGAAGUUUACUGGAGCCCCUGAUCAAUUCGCGUCGGUUUUAUUUGGGGGUGCACUUGGAUCGAUGUAUAGCUUUUUACAAUUUUUGACAAGUCCAAUUGUGGGAAGCCUCUCAGAUGCAUAUGGAAGGAAACCUAUGCUAUUAAUCUGUUUGGUAGGAAUAACACUGUCGCAUGCAUUAUGGAGUUGCGCAAGCACGUUCAGCGUAUUUGUUCUAGCUCGAUUCAUUGGUGGAUUGAGCAAAGCCAACGUAAGUCUUAGUAUGGCCAUAGUAACCGAUGCUUCUAAUGAGAAAACCAGGGCCAGAGGAAUGGCUUUAAUAGGCUUGGCAUUUUCUAUUGGUUUCAUUGUUGGACCAGUUACCGGAGCAUGGUUUGCUAAGAACAGUGACUUAAGCUCUGGCGCCUGGGGCGAAACGCCCGCUUUCUAUGCCCUCUCUCUUUCUCUUGCCAACAUACUACUAGUAUUAUUAUUUGUUCCGGAAACAUUGACGAAAGACAAAAGAGCACCUUUAUCAUUCACUCUGUCUAAGUCAGUGGAUUUCGUCUCUCCCUGGCAUCUACUAAAAUUUACUGCUGUUAAAAAUCUUUCGAAGCAUCAAAGUAGAGUAUUAUCGAAGUUGGGACUGAUCUAUUUUCUAUAUUUAUUUAUAUACUCUGGUCUCGAGUUCACUCUUACAUUCCUCACGCAUCAUACCUUCCACUACACUGCUAUGCAACAGGGCAAAAUGUUCCUGGUAAUGGGGCUCAUAAUGGCGGUGCUGCAAGGCGGUGCCGCUCGUAGGUUGGGGUCCCGAGGCGCGGAGGUAGCCGCUAGGGGUGCACUAGUAUUGACCCCAGCAUCUUUCCUGAGUGUAGCCUUUGCAGCGCUACCGCAUCCUCCUUUAUUUACCCCAAUAACUUGGCUUUGGCUCGGACUGGUCUUAUUUGCACUCUCUACGGCGUUCGCGGUAUCAUGUAUGACGUCGAUGGCCGCGGGUAAAGCGCCAGAGGAAGCACGGGGUGCAGUACUCGGUACACUAAGAUCGCUAGGCGCCCUCGCUCGAGCCGCAGGACCUUUAUUGGCGUCUUCAGUGUACUGGUGCUCCGGCGCAAUGGUCACGUAUACAAUCGGCUCCGUAAUUCUAAUCAUUCCUGCUGUGAUGUUAAUUAGACUGAAAACAUAAUAAAUAAUAAUGCAUAAUGCAGCUUUUACACUGCAUCCAUGUACAAUAAAUAUGAACAAG